CCAAAACCAGUAUAUUACUUGUUAUGUGAUGUGCGACGAAAUUGCUGGUACCAUGCGCUAUGCAGACCUUAAGUUGGAUCUGCCUGCUUCCAUGUUUUCACAAUCACUCAAACGGGCAGAACCAGCCGCUGGGACCCAAAAAAGAAGCAUUGAGAUACUGCAGCAGAACAGUACUAAGACUCUAAAUCUCUUAAACAGAGUAAACAAAAGGCGCAAUUCUGCCAACAUCACGAGUCCUGAUGCAUACGAAGACCUGGAGAUAAGUGAUGAUGAAUUUCGAGCAGUUGGUGAAUUCUAAGCUCCGUAACUCUUAAGCAAAAACAGCGACAACUGACACAACAUAGUGGACGACAUGGAAUUCAAGGAUAUUGAUGAUUUUGAAGAUGCAAGCCCCCAAAAGGCAAAUAAAAUGACGCGUGACAGGUACAUUGAUAGCCAAGC